CUUCUGCAGAGACUCGUGUCGGCUGCAAGUCAGGGCUACUGGCUCCACUUCUGAAGAGCAAUUCACCCUUCUACUUGAUAUCCGUGCCACCAGGCGUACCACGAGCUGUGUGACCAGAUAUCAUCGGUCAUCUUCUGUUUGUUAUUUCAUCUGUCUAAAGGAUUUUACUUCAUCUGUUUGCAUCAAUUUACCUGGAUACAAAAGGAAAUAAAGUUUAUUGCUUCGUUGCAUUUUUUUCACAGAAAAAAUGGAUAUGACUUAGGCUCCAGCUGUCUUACCUUUAAGAUACCGAUUUUGGCUUUGAUUUUCAACAGCUGCAUUGGGUUUAUUGCUCGUCUUUCUCGGAGUUACCUUGGCAUGGCACAUAUUCUCCGGAUGGAUCCAGGGGUGUGUCUAAUAAUGGUACUGAGUAUAGCGCUGGUAAAAGGCUCCCCUUUCCUAAACGGCAGGCCAUCUGUGACCACUGUGAUGUGGCAAGAGAGUGUGAAGCAAGCAGAGAGGAUGACCGCAAACAGCACCUCCCUUUGGACACAAGGAGCAUCACAUCAACUGGUGAAUGUUAAACAACCUCUGGAUACUGGCGCUCAGGAGCAGCCUCCAAAGCCCCACAAACGUGCCAGGCGAUGCACCUGUUACACCUACAAGGACAAGGAGUGCGUCUAUUACUGUCACCUGGACAUCAUCUGGAUCAAUACACCAGAGCGCACUGUUCCCUAUGGUCUCUCUGCCUAUCGGGGCUCACGGCGAGGAAAGCGAUCUUCAGAGCACCUUUCAAGGACUGAAUCGAUGGGUUCAGAUUCACAUCGGUGUCACUGCACUGACAUUGGAGAUUCCGGGUGCAGAAACUUCUGCCACAAGAGGGACUUGAAGUGGGAGCAAAUAAAAAGAUAAGAUCAUGUAGUGCAUCACAGCAAGGUGAUUCUUCAGGUUAUUUUUCAUUACAUUCAAGUCUUUGGCUAUUUUAUGGUGGAAAUAAAGAAAUAAAAGCCUCCAGUGCUCCUGUUCUUCAGUACAAUGACCUCAGUAUCCUAUAGAAUGAACUCAUCACAUUUAGGAGAAUAGCCAAGGUGUACUAAGUCUUAAAGUCCUAAAGUACACAUAUAUGUACAUAAUAACAGUGAAUAUAUAUGUAUAUUAUAUAAGUAUUUAACGCACAUACUGUAUACGCACCCAUAUAUUGAGAAUUAGAAUUUACAACGAAAACAGGGGGCAAGCACACUUUGAAAGUGCUGAAGGACUGUGAGGGCGUAACCAAAAAAGGUGCAACUUUCCAUGUUUUUACUAUGAUACUUUACAGUUAAUACACUGAUGGCAGUUGCUGGGAGGAUGAGGAAACAAACUUGGAGCUGAUUUUUAGGACAUGGAUACCCCAGAGCUAAGUACUUUGUGUCAAUUAUGAUGACCUUCCAUGGCUACAAACCAGAACAUAGGCAGUUCUCCUGAUACAAGUUUUGUGGAUGUCCUGAAGAUCAUAUUUGGAUUAACUGAUUAUCUUACAUAAUCCUGGGGAGCUAAUUGGAUACAGCUUCAGUCCAUAAUGUGCUUCAAUGGAAAUGAACUUUAGCACUGUAAGGAGAAACAUCUUUGGCUGUGUAAGGCCUCUCACAGAUUUGUCGAUAAAGACGAGGCUAGUCAUAGAGCAAAGCUACAUUUUGGCACAGUUUUACAGCAGUUUAAUGGAUACAAACACCUAAAUAAAUAUAAGGAUAUUUUACAUGCAGUCUGUCACCAUUUGAGAAGUUUUAAUGAGCAUCUGUAAAAAGAAACUUUGUUCCAGUUUGCAAACUCUUUUUCCAAACCCCUACUCUAUUAAUCUGGUUUUUUAGAUUGCUGGACUUGCUUUACUAAAUUUCAAAACCUUCCCCAAACCUAUGAAUAAGUUGUAUGCUUUAAGGAAAUUCAAAUAAUAAAAUAAAGCCCAUUUUGAAGCACUUUCAAAAUUUCAAUUCACUAAGUACUUUGGGCAGAAGCUGGAAUUUACAUAAUUUGACCAACCAAGUACAUCCUGUGGCCGCCGCUGCUACCUCCCCGCUCCAUGGCUUCAGCCCUGCUUCCCAGCUCACAUUGUGCCUCUCUGGGGUUCUCUCAAACAAGUGCAUUUGGAUUAGUUAUUCAGCAGUGACUGAGAGUGUACUCCAGAGUGUACUGUCCUUCCAUCCAGACUUUUUUGAAGAUGUGCUCAAAAUCUGCCGGGAUAGGGUCAUCUUGCUCUUCAUGACCAUUUAAAGAAAGAUGCAGGUUCAGAAAAUGAAGAGGAGUAUGGAUGUCUUGAAUAAAUGUAUAUACAGUGCUUGCAAUGUAUUCUUAUGUAAGAGAAACACUAAUAAAAUGAACAUGUAAAGAAUUGUCA